GCUAUAGGAAAAAUGGACACCAUCAGAGAGACUCAUAAAGAAGACCAAGAUAAGAAUAGUAUAAGAUCUGCUCCCAGCGAAGAUCUCCAACAGCGAAGCCAGAGCAAACGAAUGGUGUGGAAAAACAAAAGAUUAAUAACAUGGAGCCAGAAGAAAUCAAAUAUCAGUAAUCAAAAUAUGUCAGCAGCUAUGAGCCUGGAAGACUCGGUGAAGAGAAGUGAGAGUGAAGACAAGCCGAUAAAAAGGAGCAAGAAGAGGUCAAAAAAAUCGAGCCAAAGCAAAUCAUCAGCUAUGAAUAAAGAUGAGAUAACAAAAAGAACCCAGAACAAGUCAAUGACAAAUAAUUUCAACAGCCCAAUGACGAGAAAUCGAGAUAGCCCAAUCACAAGAAGUAAGAACAAGCCAAUCAACAGAGACUAUGAUGAAAUAGUAAGCAUAUGAAUUAUACCUAGAUCUCUAUCGCCAACAAGGAAAUAAAAAAGCACGAACAAAAUACUGAUAAAGAGUUUAGGAAAAAAUAUGCGUAUUUGUUUGAAUAAGAAGACUAUGGGUU